UUCGACCAAGUGAAGUGCCGAUCGACACAAGUUUAUUGGUGUACAUUCGAAGCUAUGCAAGGCAGACUGGUACUAAAUUCAUGUGCCUAGAAGGUGGUUGUGGCGCAUGCAUCGUCAAUAUUUCAGGCAUUAUAACACCGGCCGGAGUCUCUCGAACGAUUGCCGUUAAUUCAUGUCUCUGGCCUGUGUACGCAUGUGAUGGUUUGAAUGUUACAACGAUCGAAGGAAUUGGCAAUCUGAAAAAUGGGUAUCAUCCAGUUCAAAAAGCCCUGUACCACUUCAAUGGCACGCAAUGUGGAUACUGUUCGCCUGGCAUGGUAAUGAACAUGUACAGUUUGUUGCAAGCGAUGGACGGUAAGGUAUCAAUGCAACAAGUGGAGAAUUCAUUUGCUGGCAAUCUGUGUCGCUGUACGGGCUAUCGACCGAUUUUGGAUGCAUUCAAAUCGCUUGCAUCAGACUCAUCCACGACUGAUAUUGAGGAUCUAACGCUCGAUUUGUGUCGAAUGAACAAAAAUCGAAAAUGCUCUUCUGAAGAUCGUUGCCACCAAGAAUGUGUGUCGAACCGAAAUACCUCGCUAGAAAUCAAUGCAGACGAUGGAAAAGUUUGGCUGAGACCGAACAGUUUAUCGGAAUUACUCAAAAUAUUCACGACCAAAACCAUGAAAUCGGAGUACAUGUUGGUUGCUGGCAACACUGCUCACGGUGUGUACCGUCGUUCUGAAAAUAUUAGUGUUUUUAUUGACAUAAAAUCCAUUCCGGAGCUUCACACAAUGAAGGCCGACGAAUCGUCGCUGAGCUUCGGUGGAAAUGUUUCGCUUAAUGAGUUGAUGGACACGCUAAAUGGUGCAGCCACCAAGUGUGAUAAGUACACUUAUGGAACAGAGCUGGCCAAGCAUAUCGAUCUGGUUGCUACGAUUCCAGUUCGAAAUGCGGGGACGAUUGCAGGAAAUCUGAGCAUAAAGCAUGCUCAUCCCGAAUUUCCAUCGGAUAUAUUUUUGUUGUUAGAAACGAUUGGAGCUGGAUUAAAGAUCGCUUCUGUCGACGGCUUAGUUCGAACGUAUUCACCGCAAGAGUAUCUGUCACUGGACAUGGCUCAAAAAGUCAUUAUAAGCAUUGUCUUCCCCAAACUAUCGCCCGACCAAUUUCUGUUUCGAUCUUACAAAAUUAUGCCUCGCACACAAAACGCGCAUGCAAUGGUCAAUGCUGCAUUUCUCCUCGAAUUCGAGACAAAGGAUGGGAAAAGUGCCGUAAAAUCCUGUCGAAUUUGUUACGGUGGUAUCAAUCCAAAGUUCGUACACGCUGAAGCCACUGAAAAGCUCUUGACUGGCAUCGAUGACUUUUAUACCGAGGAAGUUUUGCAAGAAGCCAUAAAAUCAUUGCAAAACGAAGUACAACCCGACUCAGUUCUACCAGAUCCACCAGC